AUGAAACAACGCUUCUCCUCCCUCGACGUCAAGGUCAUCUCGCACGAGCUCUCCAACAGCCUCGUCACCCUCCGCCUCGCCAACAUCUACGACCUCUCUACUCGCAUCUUCCUGCUGAAAUUCGCCAAGCCUGACCACCGCGAGCAACUCCUCGUCGACUCGGGCUUCCGCUGUCACCUGACGGACUUUGCGCGGGCGACCGCCGCGGCACCUUCGCCAUUCGUUGCUCGCCUCAGGAAGUUCUUGCGGACGAGACGAGUGACGAAAGUCGAGCAGAUCGGCACAGACCGCGUGAUCGAGAUACAGUUUAGUGAGGGGCUGUACAGACUGUUCCUCGAGUUCUACGCGGGUGGCAACGUUGUACUUACCGACAGCGACCUGACGAUCUUAGCCCUGCUGCGGACUGUUGCCGAGGGAGCGGAGCAUGAGCAGUACAAGCUAGGUCUGAAGUACGAUCUAUCAUUGCGGCAGAACUAUGGUGGUGUGCCUCCACUGACAAAAGAGCGCGUACGUGACGGGCUACAGAAGGCGAUUCAGAAGCAGGAGGCUGAAGCGCAGAAACCUGGGAAGAAGAUCAAGAGAAAGGGUGGGGAUGCUUUGCGGAAGGCGCUGGCUGUCACGACCACGGAGUUUCCGCCUAUAUUGCUCGAUCAUGCUCUACACGUGACGGGCUAUGAUCGGGAAGCUCAGCCGGAGCAGGUAGUGGCAAGUGGGGAGCUGCUAAAUAAACUGGUCGAGAGUCUGCAAGAAGCUCAGAAUGUGGUGCAGGAGAUUACGAGCGCGGCGACGGCCAGAGGUUACAUUUUGGCGAAACCUGGCAAAUCUUCAGCGCAUCAAGACGCAAAUGGCUUGGUGAACAGUGAUGCAGGGCUGCUCUACGACGACUUCCACCCGUUCAAGCCCGCGCAAUUGGCGAGCGACCCAUCUAUCACCUUCCUCGAGCACGAAGGCUUCAACAAAACCUGCGACGAGUUCUUCUCCUCGCUCGAAGGGCAGAAGCUGGAGUCAAGACUGCAGGAGCGUGAAGACAAUGCGAAGCGAAAGAUCGAACAGGCAAGGCAGGAGCAGGCGAAGCGCAUCGACGGGCUACAACAUGUCCAAGAACUGAAUGUGCGGAAGGCGCAAGCUAUAGAAGCGAACGUCGAGCGAGUCGAAGAAGCUGUAGCCGCUGUGAAUGGUCUGAUCGCUCAAGGCAUGGAUUGGAUGGACAUUGGCCGGUUGAUUGAGAACGAGCAGAGCAGACAUAACGCUGUAGCGGAGAUGAUCAAGUUGCCGUUGAAAUUGUACGAGAAUACAGUAACACUACUCCUCUCCGAAUACGCAGGACUCGAAGAAGACUAUGAUGAUAUGGCCGACGAGACGGAAAGCGAAGAAUCAGAGGAUGAAGCCGACACGCAAGCCCCGAGACACACAAGCAAGCCCGAAGAGAAGCGCUUAGCCGUCGACGUCGAUCUCGCUCUUUCGCCUUGGUCCAACGCGCGGCAGUACUACGACCAAAAGCGCACAGCAGCUGAGAAGCAGGAGCGAACCGCUCAAGCCUCGCAAAAAGCACUCAAAUCGACCGAACAAAAAGUCAUGGCAGACCUGAAGAAAGGCCUCAAGCAAGAAAAAGACGUCCUGCGACCAGUGAGGAAGCAGAUGUACUUUGAAAAGUUUAACUACUUCAUCUCCUCCGACGGCUAUCUGGUGCUCGCGGGUCGAGACGCACAGCAGAACGAAAUGCUGUACCGCAGGUACCUGAAGAAAGGCGAUGUCUAUAUCCAUGCCGACCUCCAUGGCGCAGCCAGCGUGAUUGUGAAGAACGAUCCACAAACCCCGGAAGCGCCUAUCCCGCCUUCGACGCUUGGACAGGCGGGUAACCUCGCCGUAUGUACGAGUACGGCGUGGGAUAGCAAAGCCGUCAUGUCGGCUUGGUGGGUGGGGAGUGAGCAGGUUUCGAAGACGGCGCCGACCGGAGAGUACCUGACGACGGGAGGGUUUGUGAUCAGAGGGAAGAAGAACUAUCUACCGCCUGCGCAGCUGUUGUUGGGGUUCGCUGUGUUGUUCAGGAUCAGUGAGGAGAGUAAGGCCAGGCAUCUCAAGCAUCGGUUGCGGGAUGCUGAUGACGGAGAAGCACUUGGUGGGAGGAAACAAGGUGAGGCGGAGGCUGAGCACGCGCAGGAUGUCGGGGACGGUGACGAUGACGAUGACGAUGAGUUCCCAGACGCAGAUAAGGCUGUAGCGAUCGAUGAGGACGAAGACGACGACUUUCCAGAUGCGCAUCAGGAUUUUGACGAUGCCGGAGACGAUGAUGCAGAUGGAGGUGACGAGGAUGAUGCGGAGAGUGAGAUAAACGAGCAGGUAGAAGGCCAAGCUGCCGCACAGCCAAGUGCGAAUGGCGGUGUUGGAAGCAAUAAAGAUCCUGCGAGAGAUCAGGAAAGCCGGACAGCCUCUGCGAAACCGAAAGCCACACCACAAAUCCGCGGCAAGCGUGGAAAGGCGAAGAAAGCGGCGCAGAAGUACGCAGAGCAAGACGAAGAAGAUCGAGAACUCGCCAUGAAGCUCUUGGGCUCACGUGCUGCUGCUGAGAAGCGGGAAGCGGAGGCCGCCUUGAAAGCGUCCAAGACCGAGUCGACGGAAGAAGCUCGAGCUCGACGCCGAGCACAGCAUGAGAAGGCACAGAAGGAAGGUUUGGAGGCGGAGGAGAUCCGCCGAUUAAACCUGGAAGAGGGCGUGGAGGCGGUAGAUGAUGAGGAGGCUGCGCAUCUCACUCAGCUGGACAGCCUGGUCGGCACACCUCUACCUGGUGAUGAGAUCUUGGAAGCCAUCCCUGUGUGCGCGCCAUGGGCCGCAUUGGGGAAGUAUAAGUACAAGGUCAAGAUGCAGCCAGGUCAGCAGAAAAAGGGAAAAGCUGUGCGGGAGAUUCUGGGCAAGUGGGUGAAGGAUGCGAGUGAUGGGAAGAAGAUCGAUCAGCAGAGUCAGGAUUCGGAGAGGAUAUGGCCGCGAGAGGCAGAGUUGAUCAAGGGCUUGAAGGAGGCGGAGGUGGUUGGUGUGAUUCCGGUGAAGACGGUGAGGGUCAUGAUGAGCGGUGGUGCUGGCGCUGGUGGCGACAAGGGGAAGAAGGGGGGUGCGGGGGCGAAGAGCGGUGGGAGAGGGAAGGGGAGUAAGAAGGCGCGAUGA